GUGCUACCAACAGGUUACGGUUGUUUGCCCUAAAAGAUCGAUAAGCCAAAAACUUUUUUUUUAAUAAACGUAAUUAAAGUGUGUUCUUUAUAAAAAAACUCAUUGAUGCUUAUUUUAACAAGGAAAUUUGUAGCCAGGGGGGAAAAUUGUGAUUCUUGUAAAUUUCAAUCGGCGUUUGCCACUAAUGAACUUCCCUUCUAGUCGGUUUAUUUUUGUGUUUUUGGUAUAAAAAAACCUGUCAGGUGUUUUAUUCAGUGAAUUCUCCGCAAUUUUGGUCCCGUUUACGCAAGUUUUGCUUGUUAUAACCUCAAAAUGUCCAAAAGACAUGCCGAGGAAAGUACGAGCGGGGGCCCUCCCCCCAUUAAGAAAAUCCACUUCGAGCCUCAUCUCAUCGGCCCGGUGUCCACUCUCGAAGAGAUGGAUAUUAAGGUUUUGCAGUUCCAAAACAAGAAAUUGGCUCAGAGAAUUGAGCAACGAUAUAGGACGGAACAGGAGUUGAGGCAAAGAAUUGAGCAAUUGGAAAAAAGACAGACCCAAGAUGAUGCUAUGUUGAACGUUGUUAACAGAUACUGGAAUCAGUUGAAUGAGGAUAUCAGGAUCUUGUUGCAAAGGUUUGAUGCUGAGACCGCUGACGAAUCUGAGAAUAAAAAUGAAAGUGAAGCAACAACUUCGUUUUUGAUGCAACUUUCAACUUGGGAUAAGGAGGAGUUGAAUGAUAAGUUGGCUAAUAGGGUGCAGGUGUCGCGGAGGGCUGUGGCGAAAGUCAUACAAGCGUUUGAUCGGUUGAUGCAAAGGAAUGAGAAAAUCACAUUGGCACUUAAGGGGGAACUGGAAGGACGUGAGUAUUUUGAGAAAAUUGGUGGGUUUUUAUAUACUAAAAAACUGUCCCCAGAGGAUGCACCCAGUGUUGACGAAGUUAUUUGCCAAACCAACGUCCAACUCCAAGCUGAGAAUCGCAAUUUACAAGCUCUUAAUACGUCUCUACAUGAAAAAUAUCACUCAAACAGUCUCAAAGUUGCAGAAUUACAAGAUUCAGUAACAGCGAAAGAAACAGAAAUUGCUGAAUUAAAAAAUCAAAUUGACGAUCUCCAAUACGAGUUGGAGAAAGUCCGCAAUAGAAAUGAUAAACUUGAGACACAUUUAGCUGAAGCUAUAGAAAAGUUGAAAACUUAUCACCAGUUGCAUGGAGAUCCGGAAAAGGGGCCCCAACAGAAACAGAUAGUUCAGUCUAAUGUGUCUCAAGCCAAACUCGAAGAUUUGACGAAAGAAGUAGAAGAGUUGACUGAGUUGGCAAAUACUAGAUUAGCAGAGUUGGAUAAGUUACAUCAAACUCAUCGUGAGACAUUAAAGGAAGUUGAAAAGUUAAAAAUGGAUAUACGACAACUUCCUGAAAGUGUUAUUGUGGAAACAACCGAAUAUAAGUGUCUACAGUCACAGUUUUCAGUACUUUAUAACGAGUCAAUGCAGUUGAAAACACAGUUGGAUGAGGCUAGACAACAGUUACAGUCGAGCAAAAAUGCUCAUUUGAGAAACAUUGAGAUGAUGGAAAGUGAGGAACUCAUCGCUCAGAAGAAGCUCAGACAGGAAGUUAUGCAACUGGAAGAUUUUCUAGCUCAACUGCGUAAAGAAUACGAAAUGUUGCGAAUUGAAUUUGAGCAGAAUCUGGCCGCCAAUGAACAAACAGGCCCCAUAAACCGAGAAAUGAGACACUUAAUAACAUCACUCCAAAACAACACACAACAACUGAAAGGCGAAGUCCAUCGCUACAAAAGAAAAUAUAAGGAAGCAAACGCCGAAAUACCAAAACUGAAAAAAGAAAUUGAAGAUCUGAACGCGAAACUUGCCCAACUUCAAGGCGCCAAUCAAGAUUCUAAAGAAAACAUCAAGAAAGAAGUAAAGCAAGAGGAAGAUGCUUCGAAUAGUGAAUCGGGGGCGCAGGUUAAAGAAGAACCGACUUCUGCACCAACGGUGAAGAAAGAAGAAGACGAGUCAGAGCAAACUGAAGAAGGAGAUGGGGAUAAAGCUUCGAAUUCAGGUAACUCACCUUCGGCCAAAAAAGACGCAGGGAUUAAGCAGGAAAAAGGCACUGUGAAAAAGGAACCCACUGUUAAAACUGAAAAGGACCAUCGCGAGGCACAAAGGGUCAAAGAUGCGAAAAUUGCCGAAAAUGAAAUGGUGCGAGAUCUUAAAAAUCAACUAAAGAAGGCGUUAAAUGAGCAAAAAGAGAUGAAACUUCUCUUAGACAUGUACAAGGGUGUCAGCAAGGAGCAACGUGAUAAAGUCCAAUUAAUGGCAGCUGAGAAGAAGCUUCGAACCGAAUUGGAAGAAAUCCGACAACAAAUUAAAAAAAUGCAAGAUAGUAAAAGGGACGAUAAAAGGAAACUCGCCGAAGAUGAGGCUUUGAAAAAAAUCAAACAAUUGGAAGAGCAAAAGUACGAGUUGCAAAAACAGGUGGCGUCGCAAAAACCGUCGGAUGGUAACUGGGGGGGUCACAAUGUGUUGCAUCAGAUGCGACCGUUUGUUGGAUCGCAUGAAGAAGAGGCGCUUUUGAACGAGAUGGAAGUGACUGGACAAGCGUUUGAAGAUAUGCAGGAGCAAAAUUCACGUCUAAUCCAACAAUUGCGUGAAAAAGACGAUGCAAAUUUCAAAUUGAUGUCUGAGAGAAUUAAGUCGAACCAACUCCAUAAGUUGGCGAGGGAGGAGAAAGAUGUGUUGAAGGAGCAGGUGAGUACUUUGACGACGCAAGUGGAGGCUGCGAAUUUGGUUGUGAGGAAAUUAGAGGAAAAGGAGAGGAUUCUUCAGAAUACUUUAGCGACGGUUGAAAAGGAGUUGGCUUUGAGGCAACAAGCGAUGGAGAUGCACAAGAGGAAAGCGAUUGAGAGUGCCCAAUCGGCCGCUGAUUUGAAGCUCCAUUUAGAGAAAUAUCAUUCGCAAAUGAAGGAAGCGCAGCAAGUCGUCGCGGAAAAAACAAGCUCUCUAGAAGCAGAAGCCUACAAGACCAAACGUCUGCAAGAAGAAAUCGCUCAAUUGAAGCGAAAGGCUGAAAGAAUGAAGAAAAUGGAGUUGGCAGGAACCACACUUGAUGAAGUCAUGAUGGAAGAGAUUCGCGAAUAUAAGGAGACAUUGACUUGUCCUUCUUGUAAAGUCAAGAGAAAAGAUGCGGUUUUAUCGAAAUGUUUCCACGUGUUUUGCUACGAUUGUCUUAAAACAAGGUACGAGACGAGACAGAGGAAGUGUCCCAAAUGCAACUGCGCGUUUGGCGCCAACGAUUAUCAUCGUUUGUUUUUGUCGAAUUAAUGUUUUUUGUCUAGGAUUAAGAUUUUUCCAGUGCUUUACAGCAUAACAUUUGUAUUAAAAGGAUUGGUAGUA